AAAGAGAAAUACGUAAAAAUUAUAUUAAUAAUAAUGGUCCUAUUCAAUUGUUAAUAGAAUCAACAAAUAUAUCAAAUGAUGCUAAAAAGGAAUUUAACAAAAGACGAUUAAAAAUAUUAGGUGAAGAAAUUCCAGAAAUACCAGAUCCAAUAUCUGAAAGUUCUGAUAACUUUAAUAAACUUGAAAAAGAAAUAAAAAAUAUUAAAUUAUCUGACAUAUUAAAAUUAGUUGAUAAUAAUGACAUUUAUCAAAAAAUUAUUAAAUCUAAUUUAUCUGAAAAAGAUAUUUCAAUACUACAAAAAUUAAGAAAAGAACAAUUAAGUAAAUUAAUAGAAAAACAAUAUAAUAAAUUAGAAAAUAUAAUAAAUACUUCAAAAGAUAUAGAUGAAUUAAAUGAAUUAAAAUCUAUAAUUGAUGAUUCAUUUUUAUCUGAAUCUCAAAAAGAAAAAUUAGAAAAUAAUCGAUUAGAAAAAAUUGAAAAUCUUAAACCUAUUGAAAAACCAGAAAAUUCAUUAAAUUCAUUAGAAUCUGAAGAAGAUUUAGAAAAUUUAAAAAAUCAUGUAAUAAAUAAUAAAUUAUUACUAAGAAAUCAAAAAGAUGAUAUUGUAAAUUUGAUAAAAAAUAAAUUAGAUAAAACAAAAGGAGAAGAAAGAUUACAAAAGGAAAAUAAUAGAAAAUAUAAUACAAUCAAAAAAAAUAUUAAUAAAUUUUUAACACUAGAAACUCUUGAUAAAUUUAUUAUAGAAAAUAUAGAUUCUUUAAAUGAACAAUAUUUAACUGACAAUAGAAAUAUUAAAGAUUGUAAUGAUCUAUAUUUACUAUCAGAUGAAUAUUAUAAUAAAAUAUAUCGUAAUAUUGAAGAUUUAAAUGAAGCUUAUCUUUUUAAAGAUAAUACAAAAUCAAACUUACAUCAAAUUAGAGAAAAAAGAAAAGAUGAAUUAGAAAAAGAAGAUAUAUAA